AUGAGUAACCCCGCACUGAAACGCUCUAAUGAUGUAAUAUCCGCUGAGAGUCUCCACACAUCUCUCAAACUUUUCUGCGCCCGGAGCGACUAUGAGAGCGCACGCACUUUCAGCAGCUCUAUCGAGGGUCUCCGAUCCCACGAUACUGAUAAGAAGCUCGAUCUGAAACAUCGGAGAGUGAAUCAGGUUGUAAGAGAGACGUGGGAGGGAGACUGGAGGCAGAAUGCGGGCGCUGUUCGUGGUGCUGAAACCGCUGUGUUUUCUCGCUCUACUCGGCUACUGCCCUUCCGCGGCCAAAAUGUAGAUGAGUUUGCUGCUAUCCAGGAGGAGAUAGGAGCGUAUGAUUAUGAGGAACUCCAGCAAAGGGUCCUCGGCUUGGAGGGAAGACUGAGGAACUGUAUGAACAGACUCACCUGUGGUAAGUUGAUGAAAAUCACGGGGCCCAUCACUGUAAAGACAUCAGGAACGAGGUUUGGAGCUUGGAUGACAGACCCUCAGGCUUCACCUAAGAACAAUAAGGUCUGGUACAUGGACAGCUAUACAAACAACAAGAUUGUCCGUGAGUACAAAUCAGUCAGCGACUUUGUAGCUGGAGUUGAGUCAAGAACCUACAACCUUCCGUUCCACUGGGCGGGAACCAAUCAUGUCAUCUACAAUGGCUCACUAUACUACAACAAGUACCAGAGCAACAUCAUUGUCAGAUACAGCUUUGAAAGUGGCCGGGUCAUGACCCAACGAGCACUUGAGUCUGCCGGCUUCCACAACGUCUACCCAUACACUUGGGGCGGAUUCUCCGACAUUGACCUGAUGGCCGAUGAGCUCGGUUUAUGGGCCAUCUAUGCCACCAAUCAGAAUGCAGGGAAUAUAGUCAUCAGCCAGCUGGAUCCUCUGACCAUCCAGGUGCUGAACUCUUGGAACACAGAAUACUCCAAACGGAAUGCAGGUGAGUCCUUCAUGAUCUGCGGCACGCUGUACAUCACCAACUCCCACCUGACCGGUGCUAAGGUAUACUACACUUAUUCCACCAAAACCUCUACCUAUGAGUACAUGGACAUCCCCAUCCAUAACAAGUACUUUCACAUGUCCAUGCUGGAUUACAACGCCAGGGAUCGUGCACUUUAUGGCUGGAACAAUGGCCACCAGGUACUGUUCAACGUCACGCUGUUCCACAUUAUUAAAAAUGAUGAUGAAUCCUGAUGGAUCUGCCCGGAGGUGAGAGGAAAACUUUGAUUCUGUAGUUACACUGAUCUGUAAUCGCUGUGGUAUUGCUAUGAAAUAAUGGGUUUUAUAUAUUUCAAUCAAAAGAUGUGCUUAGUUUGAGGUUCAGUGCCUCUGGAAAUGUCAGUCAGCAUUGCACUCCUCCAUUUGUAAAACAAUUGUCAUUAAACUCAAACUCGGACUCAGAUAAGGACAUUCAUGGACUUUUAAAGCUCUGUUUAAAUGUUGUUUUUGCAACUUUCAGUGUGUAGCAGUCGUGUUCAGCUAUAAUUCGUGAUUCAACAAAGAAUGUAACAAACACUUUAGUAACUAGAAACUUAGCAUUCAAUCAUUAAAUAAAAAAUCCUUAUUAUGGACAUUAUAUACUGAUCUAUCAAACUGCAUCUCUUAGUUUUAGCUUGUCGAAUGUUUAGAGGAGUAAGGACAUAUUUUUCAAUUCAAUGUAUGACUUACAUUAAAAGGGAUUAUUCACCUCAAAAUAAACAUUUGCCAUUACUUACUCAUCUUUGUGUUGUGCCAAAACGUUAUGGCUUUCUUUCUUCUGUCGAACACAAAAGAAGAUAUGUUGAGAAAUAUAUCUACA